AUCGCCCGCCUUGCUUCCGGUCGCCAUUUUGCUGUGUCUGGAAUAAAACCAGCCCGUUGUGGUGUAGUAGGGACACACAAAAAAACUGUCAGCCAUGGAAAACGGGGACUCCUUUCUACAUGCACUAGAAGACUUUGAGAAAAGGAAGGAACUGACCCCAGAACUGGAACAGUAUCUGCGACACAUAGCAAAGACAGGAGAAACAAUAUACCCCUGGAACAGACUGAAGCCAGUCUUCCUCCUCAAGCUGGAGAAGGUCAUGCAAGAGUUCAACGAGGAGGCGCCGAAAGUGGACGGACCGCCGACGCCCAACGUGGAGAAUCUCUCGUACGAGGAGAUGAGGGAGAGAGUCGUCAGUAUCAUCGAAAGUUUCACAGGUCCACCCUUCACCAUGCAAAGACUGUGUGAGCUGGUCACAGACCCCAAGAAACAUUACAAGAGAAGUGACAAGUUCCUGAGAGGGGUGGAAAAGAACGUGUUGGUAGUCAGUACAGUCCAUGGAGGUGCAAGCAGACGACUGUCAGCAGGCGGAGACAAACUGGUGAACGGGAUCGCGCCACAGGAGGCAGGAGCAGACAGCCUAUCUGUUGCCAUGCCGCCCCCACCAUGCCCCGCCCCUCAUCUCCCUCCAAUCGUCGGUGCCUCUCCCCUUCCCCUUCCACCCCCCGACCACGAUCACUUAGAAACGCCGAGUCUCGGGGCCUCUCCAUCUGUCUGUAACGACAUCUCCGACACCACAAGUCCGUCGAGUCCCGGCAUGACAGACCAUGCGGGCACAAACGGAGGAGACUCACACAACCAAUCAGGGGACACGACAGUAGAUAAAGAAGACGACAGUUUACAGAACAGCACAUACACAGAACAGUUAGAGGACAGAAGUAGGAUAGCGGACGAUAUGGGUGGGGAGGACAGUGCGCCAUCAGACAGUUCCACUUCAGAAGAUUCCUCAGAGAGCUCGCUGUCAGACGACACGCCAACGUGUACCUCAGCAGCCGACGGCAAUCUUUCAGGCGCUGGAAACUCCGCAGAGACGUCCACAGAACCAACGUCCAGCUCAGAGGAGAAGAUGUUUCCCGUCGAACCCACAGAGACAGGACGUAGGGACACGACGGAAUCAUCGGAAUCGUCAGACAUGAGCACCGAGGACAAGGACAGUGAGAACACCAGGCCAACCAGAGCGUGUACAAGGUCAGCUGACGUUCUAGAAGAGGAUCAGGAGGAUUCAGGAUCCCCUCGUAAAAUCAGAAGGAUAGAAGAACCACAGCCAAGCGACCAAUCAGAGCAGGCCACUCCAUCACACGACCAAGCUGCCACUAACCAACCAGAUCCAAGUAGCGAACAUGAAACAACCCCAGCCAGCCAAUCAGAGGAGAGCUCAGAAGAGCAGAAGGCAGAGGAUGCGGAGGAGCCAAUGGAGCAGGACUGAGGUGGUUGCCAUGACGAUGUGGAACACUGUAGGUAGUUUGUGGAGUAGACUUUGUGUUGAUUGGCUGAAGAUAAUGUCAUUAAAGGGACUGUCCAAUGGAUGUAGAGUAUCAGCUGGCCAUAAUGUUGUCCUGGCAAAGGUAUCAAAUUACAUGUGAGAAGUAUGAUAGCUGUAGAUUUCGUAUUUGAAAGGGGACUUGGGUUACAGCUGUGAGUAGUGUGGCUAUGGCAACUUCACUUCCAGCCUUAUAAGUUAUAAUAAUGCAAUUGUAUUGGAUACACCUUGUGUACAAAAAAACCCACAAGUCAAGUGUAUAUAUAGACAAAUUAUGUCGUAACUUAAAUGGUCGGCAGUUUCAAACUAAGCAAGACCUCUGUGUGUACAUGUAUCUAUCUUAGGAAUGUUGUCAGUAGUGGUACAUUGCCCCCCCCCCCUCCUCAGCCCUUGUUGGUUUUUAGGAAUUAGAUGCAUUGAAACUAGAGCUAUGCAGCAACUGCCACUUUUUGAAUUAAGCAUUGACCAGCAGUACCAUAAGACCACAGUUAGCACAGGUAUUCAUACUGUAAAGGCAUCCAAUGCAAUUUCAGGGCAGCAAAGCAAAAGAUUUCUGGAUGAGGAAGUCUGUCAGAUAUAGAAAGUUACUGCCGUUUCUAAUCACAUUUUUGUGAUUAUUUCAUUUUCAAGAGCUUGAAAUAGCCCCUGAACAAGCUGCAUGUAUGUGAGGAGUCCCUUUAUUUUUUGGUUACCACCAGUCAAUCAACCAGUCCAUUAAGAGCAAUCAUUUUCCAUCAGCGACAAUGCAUUUUUGCCUCAUUGUGCUGAUGUUGAUUCUACUUACUACAUUAAAAGAAUGACCAGAAAAUAAAUUGCAUUGGAUACCUUUUAAUCUGUUACACAAAGAUGUAUUUCUGUGGCCAUAAAAGCGUGAUGUUUAUCAUGUCUAAAUGCUGUUCUUCAUUCACAAAGGGCUGUGCAAAUGUUUGCUUAGCAUGAAGGCCAUUGCAGUUCCUGUCAAAACAGUGCAUCUGAGGAAGGCUUCCAAAAUUAACCAGAAAAACCAUAGUGUGGGUCUAGUGGGACAGGAGAUGUCAAAUCAAACACAGCUUCUGAAUACUGUGGGAGUCCUAAAAAAAGGCCAGCAGUUUUGUCAUGGCCCCAUCCAGGUUAGGUGCAGGUAGACAUCAGAAAUACCUGCACAGCUCCAAUUUUACCUGCACUAACCAACAUAUGCAAGUGGUAUUACAAGCCCCGUACAUGGACUUUCCUUUGGAAAUGAUUUUGCUUCCCACACUUUUUUUUGGCACACAUGUUUUUCCUCUUUCUUUUUAUCAAGUAACAACAAAGAGUGGUAGUGCAGACAAAAUUAUAACUGCCAUUAGGUGAAGGUAUUUUUGACUUCUCUCGGUUUCCUUGAUCAAAAACCAAAGACUAUUAAACUGAUGUGGUCUGAGUAGUGUACGGUUAAAGAGUAUUGUGCAUAAAUGUUGACUGUGGAUUCCAUGAGUGACUUUCAGAGUUGUACUUGUUGCUUCAGGCAAAGUUGUGCAAAAUCAUGUCCUAUUUGUACACAUGUACGUAAUACAUUCCCUUGAUGUGGGAUGCAUGUAAAUGUCCCGGACAAUUGUAUGUUACUGGGUGUAACUAAAGUCAGUUCAUGGUCUUCUGGAUGUGUAUCAUUCUCAUCAUAGUGGUACUCACCAUGUUCCAAAACAAUCAGUUCACACAGAAUCAGUUCUUAGAGCCUGGAUAGGAAAUCAUCAUCUGAUUGUUAUUUACCUACACUCUUCAACAUACCUGUAUUAUUAUUAUUUCACAUUUCUGACACAUUUUUGUGACACCACCACAGCAUACCAGAAUGUAAACAAACAUGACUCACAACUGUGUUUCCAGCUUUUGUGGUGUAAUAUUUGGUCAUCUCAACUUCAUGAAUAACACUUUAUAAUAAAUUAUUUGCAAUGGAGUAUUGCUUCAACUCAUUUUGUAAAGAAAUGACCAGAAAAAAUUUACUUUUUGCAUUGUCCUAAUGUUAUGUAAUGGAGUUUAACAACAAACUAACACACCUCUCAUGACUGAGUAGCACAGUGUACUCUCAGCAACAGAGAAAAUUUAUUCAAGAAGAAACAAGCUUCCCCUUAAAUAUGUCUGCAACAUAAGUUAGUAUAGCACUGGGAUGAGAAUGGAGAGCUUGUGUUUCUAUGAAAAUGUGUCAUGUGUAACUGUAAAUACGGUCUCAUCCAAUCUCGAUGUGGAAUCAUCCCACAGUGCAAACAUUUGUAUUUUGUAGCUAAGAAGGUUAUUAAUUAGUGUUGCAUUCCAGUGUAUUGUAACAAAAUGAAUUCUGAAUAAGGAAAUCAUUAUGUGGAUGAUUUCGAUAAAUCAAUUGUAAAGGAUUUUGUUGUUUUUGCUUGUCAUUACAUUCUAGGCUUACCAUGAAACAUGUAACAUAGUCAUCCAUUUUUAUGUCAAUUUUAUGCUUCCGUUGUUAUUCCAGAAGACACUUAACAACUUAUCGAGCUGAUAGGUUAGAUUAUGUUAGCUUUUGUUCUGUUUUAGGAAAUGCAGAAGCUGCCAUGUUUAUUGCAAUGCCCCGUUAACGUUUAUGUUAUCAAGACAUAGUCCUUCUCGGACUUAAGUUUUCAAGUUGUAUUAUCUGAGAGAUGUCUUGCUUAAUAUGAUGCAUCUUCACAAUGUUGCAGGUGAAUUCCCUUCAAAAUUGGCAGUUUCACACUUGUACAUUUUGCAUGCUUUUUUUUGGCCAGUAUCACUGAGCUGUACAUCAGCUUUCAGCGCCCCCUAGCACAUUCUUCUGGUUAUGCACUUGUCAAUAUCCAUGGUAUAUGAUUGUAAGGCAAGUAACCAUUUUUUUGUUGUUAAGGAUCACAAAUCCUGCCAUGACCCAUGAAAGUUGUACUGCCCUGAGGCAGCUGGAUUAACCAUUCUGUGACUGUGAAAGAUCGAAAUCAUUUUAUGUUCAGUCUUUGUAGUGGAGAGUUGUCAAAUAAAGGAUUUGUUUUUAAGUAAUAA